GGCAACAACACAGGGCCACAGUGUGCCUGCCCUAGGAGACUGUUACACACCGCUCAGCAGAGACAAGAUGAAUCUUCCAGUCCUGCCCUCCAUUCUGCUGCUCGUCAUCUCUACUGUCCAUGCCUUCCAGUACACAGAGCUUGCGCAGUACAUUGACAACCAUCAAGAAGAAUAUGUGGAGGCUCUGCGGGACUGGGUUGCAAUUGAAAGUGACUCCAGCAACGUCUUGAAGAGACCAGACCUACACCACAUGAUGGAGAUGGUGGCUCAGAAGGUGAGGCUGAUGGGAGGGACUGUAGAGCUGGUGGACGUCGGAGAACAAGAACUUCCUGAUGGACAGAUGUUAGCGUUGCCUAAAGUGGUGACAGCUCAGUUUGGCAAUGACACAAACAAACACACCGUGUGUGUCUACGGUCAUGUGGACGUCCAGCCAGCAAAGCUAGAGGACGACUGGGCAACAGAUCCCUACAACCUGACUGACAUCAAUGGUAACCUGUAUGGAAGAGGAGCAUCAGACAACAAGGCCCCAGUUUUAGCCUGGAUCCAUGCUGUGGAGGCUUACCAGGCCCUCAAUAUGGAGCUGCCAGUAAAUGUCAAGUUUGUCAUUGAGGGUAUGGAGGAGACGGGCUCUAACGGCCUGGACGCCAUGAUCCUGGCCCAGAGAGACACCUUCUUCUCUGACAUAGAUUACAUCAUCAUCUCAGACUGCAGCUGGCUCAGCAGACGGCCUGCCCUCACCUACGGCACCAGAGGCAACUGCUACUUCUUUGCUGAGGUUGAAGGACCUAAACAGGACUUA